AUGGCUAUUUUAAUAAACUUAUGGUUCUCUUAGAAAGAAAAAGUGAAAUUAUUAUUCAUUCACAUUUUAUAUUAAUAUAAUUAAUGGUAAUUAAAAAGACAGCCAAAAAGUAAAGAGUCUUACGUACAUCUCAAGGAGUUCUAAAAUAAUCAAAUAAGAGAAGUUGGUUUUAUCAGCGCCACUGCAUUAACAUAAUAACCAGGAAAGCUUUUGAGAAGACUCGGUGAAAAAAAGAAAGGGAUGAGAGAAUUAAGAAGAAUCAAACGAGAAACAUAAAAAUAAACUAGAAAGCCAAAGGAUAAGUAGCAAGAAUAAAUUGAAGAACAAGAUGAUGUGCUUGAAUUACCAAAUACAUUCAUUAUUGAUUCAUUGAAAAUAUCACCUGAAGAUGAAUAAAUCUUAUCAUAAUUUAUGGUUGGAAAUGAUACUAAAACUAAUUAAAUUAUUGAAGACUUUUAAAAAGGAUUAUAAGAUGAUGAAAAUAAGAAACACCACGAAAAUAUUAUGAAUAAUCCAAAAGUAGUAUGUGUCUAUGAAAAUGUUGCAGAAUUAAUGAAAACAUACAGAUCAGGUAAAUUGCCAUAACCAUUCCAUCUUAUUCCCAAAUUGGAACAUUGGAAAUAAGUGUUUGAAUUAACCAAACCUUCAGAAUGGUCACCUCAAGCAAUCUUUGCAGCUACCAAAAUCUUUUCAUCUGCAUUAGAUAGAUAACAAACUGAAUAUUUAUACUCCACUGUUAUAUUACCUGCAAUCAGAUUAAGCAUUCAAGAAGAUAAAAGGUUAAAUGUCCACUUAUAUAAUGCAUUAAUUAAAGCUAUGUAUAAGCCAUAAGCAUGGUUCAGAUCAAUAUUAUUCCCAUUGUGUUUAGAGAAGGAUUUUACACUAAAAGAAGCAUAAAUUAUAGGCAGUGUUAUUCAUAAAUUGCAUGUUCCACCUAUUCACGGUUCAAUAGCUAUCUUUAAAGUUGCUUAGUUAGAUUUUACAGGUCCAGUGGCUGUAAUUUUGAAAGUGUUAAUUGAAAAGAAGUUUUCUCUCCCAGAAAGAGCAUUAGAUGAAGUGAUUAAAUAUUUUAUGAGAUAUGAGAAUGAUCAAAGAGAGAUGCCAGUUAUUUGGCAUCAAAUGAUUUUGAGAGUCUGUGAGUUGUAUCAGCUUAAAUAAGAUCAUAAAGAUUAAUUAAAAAAAUUAAUUAAUAAAAAGAAACAUCAUUUGAUUACCAAAGAAAUAUAAAAACAAUUAAAGUAAAGGCACUAAAAUGGAUGUAGAAAAAUGAUUAUAAACUAAUGUUCAUAUAUUUUUUAUAAAUUAACGAUGGACCUUAAAUUAAAAAAUAACUCAAUCUUGUAUCAAUCUCAAAAGUAUAAUAGAGGAUUUCGACUCCUAAGAAAAUUCUUAGCAUGA